CGCAGUGAACACAGCACUGAAAUUCAAAUAUUGAACAGAUCUGUUUGUUAAAAAAAGAAGGAACGAACGACGCGUCUGCAGAAACAGCGGCUGAGAAGCUGUCCGCGUUUAGUAUAUUAGGAUAGAUAAACGACGAUUAUUCAGUAUACGUUAGCUAAAUCAAUAGAUUUGAACAAAGACACUCUUAUCGGAAUGGAUCCGUUUACCGAGAAACUCCUGGAGAGGACCCGUGCUCGCAGGGAGAACCUGCAGAAGAAGAUGGCAGAGAGACCCACUGCUGCUAACAGACAGAUGGCCAAGCGAGCUAGGGAGCCUCUUGCUGAGACCUGCAACAGCCUGGUCACAGUGCCUGUCAUCGAAAAAGCCCCUCACACAUCCAGCAAGCCCUCUCCCUCAAAGCGGAGUCGUUCAGGUGAACUUGGCCAGCCCACCAUGAUUGGCGAGGAGAACAGGGAGCCUUCAAUGACUUCUCGCACCCUGACCCCUACUCUGACUGACCCCCAGACUGACCGGAAGCCCCCAACGGGCCCAGCCAGCGUCCGCUCUGCCGCCUCUUUGGAGAGGGUGGCUGUCCGUCCUCCUGCUCCCGUUCCUGAACCAGAGCCCAUGUUGGCAGCACAGCAUGUCCCAGAGCAGGCCAGGGAGGUAGCACGCUCUGCCCCAGAACCAGAGAAGGUGGCUGUGAGUGCUGCUCCACAGCCACAGAGGACCAAGAAUGUGGAGGUGGUGCCUGCUAGCCCGGUUCUUCAGGGGAACCGAGAAGCGCAGAGGGAGGCUCCCACCUCCUCUACCCCUGCUGCCAUGAAGUCUCGCCUGGCCAGACUGGCUGAACAAAGGCAGUACUGGGAUUCUGAAGGUACCUCUGAGAUUCGAGACAUCCCAGCAGCCCUGUCCCCAGUAAAGAACCAGACCCACCCUAGGCAGGCUCUGGCCCCGGUCCCCACACCUGUCCCUGCUGCUGCAUCCUCAGAAGCCCCCGUGGGCAGGAAGGGUCGCCUGGCCAACCUUGCUGCCAGCAUUGGGUCCUGGGAGGACGACCUCAGCCACGCCGCCCCUCGUACCAGAGACCAUGCACAAGGGAACCCUGGUAGUGUCAGUAUCGCCACCCCUGCUUGGAGGAGAGAGGCAGGUAUCAAACCCAUCUCUGUGGCUGCAGACCGGACACAAAUAAGUCAGUCCACAAACAGCAAGCCUUUUCUGGACUCCAACCAGCAGCCUUUCAACUCCCCAGUCAAGUCCACCGGAGUGGUUCCCCCCAGCCACCAGAAGACUGAAGUACCUGAAGCCAGACCAGCUAGACAGACUAGCAGAGGUCUCCCCUCUCCUUUACCCAGUCCCCAGAGGAGUUGCCAGGGUAGAGCCUCAGCCUUUACACCCAGCUCCCAAAAAGGUGCUCCCUCACCUGUGCCUCAGAGCCCCCUGAAGAACCAGGCCCUGUCCCGGGCCCUGGAGGUCAAUGCCAGCCCCAAGAAGUCAGAGCUCCCUACACAGCCCUCGAACACUGGGUCCUCUGUCCUGCAGACCAGGGAGAGGUUCACCAAGGAAGCCACCCCGGCCACUCCCCUGCAGCAGAGAGGCACCACAGGAGCAACUGGAACUCCAAGUGUCAAGUCGUUCGUGGAGCGUUUUGGGGAGAGGUGCCAGGAGCGCUCCGGCCUGAGUUCCACUGAUACCAGCCAUGGAGCUGCCGCUCAUACUCCAACCGUAGUAAACUCGUCUGGGGCAGGCCUGGUUGGUCAUACCCCUGUGGUGAGCCAUUCUGGAACCCCCAACACCAGGCUGGUGCAGGAGAGGCUGAGAGCUGCCCAGUUUGCCAACACCACCACCGCUGACCUUGCACAGAAACAGAAACUGGAGCGCGAGUCGGAACUGGCUCAGAUUCGUAACCGGUUCCAGAAAGGGAACAACAUUUGGAAGAUCAAGGAUGAAGAGGCAGACACCAAGAGAAACACAGAGGCCAAGGAUCUGAUUGAGCAGCCUGAUGAGCAAACCGCUUCCCCUCUGGAUAGCCUGAAUUCAGCACCCAAAAAACCCAAUGUACCUGCUGCCACCAACCCAACCUCCAGCCCUGUGAAGCGAGUUGAAUUCUCAGUGGAGGAAUCAGACGAAGAUGUGAGUCAUGAGCUAGAGGUGAACGUGGACCAGUCCAUCAACUCUGAUGUGAUCAACGGGAUCUUUGACGGGCUCCAUGACCAGAGCGAGGUGCAGAGUGGUGAGGAGGAAGAUGAAUUGAACAUCUCCUCUAUGUCCAUCCUCACCCCCUUCUCUGAGACUGUGGCUGCUGUGGUCAAGAGCCCAGUGAAGAUGAUGAUGUCAACCCCAGCCAGUUCGUUCAACGCUAAGAGCCUAACUCCUGACAGUGUUUCCAGACCCAGUAAGUUCCAGAGGGCUCGCAUGCUCCGGGCUGGGUCAUCAGACAGGCUAGAGACCGAUGAUGGCCACAACCUGCCCUACAGUAUUGAUGCGUACAGGUCGACCAGAAUCAAGGAGAGUACGGAGAGGCCUCGUGUGAGGCAGGUCAUCGUGAGGAAGGAGGAUGUGUCUCGUAGAGCAGCAGAGGAACCCAGGAGCCAAGGACACACCAACAUCAAACAGAAGAUGAAGGUUCUGACCAAUGAAAUAAACCUGCAGCAAACAGUGAUCAGCCAGGCUAGCCAGGCCCUGAACUGCUGUACUGAUGAGGAGCAUGGGAAAGGCUCGCAGGUGGAGGCAGAGGCGGAGAGGCUUUUGCUUAUAGCCACUGAGAAGCGGGGGGCCCUGAAGGCAGAGCUGGACUGUCUGAAGGGAGAGGGUCCUAGCGGUCAAAUGGGGCAGGGUGGGGACAUGGGGGUCACAGCCUCCAAGGGAUCCAUCUCCCUCCUGGAACUACGACUGCCCCUCAAAGCUGACUUUGUCUGCUCCACUGGUAACAAUCCAGAGUGGUCCAGCCAUUACUUCUUCAUCAUGAUCCGUGCUGGAGCUGAGAAUACAGUUGCUACUCCCCUAGCCAGCACACGUAGCGCUAUCAGUGGAGACGCGAUCACCUUCUCUACCAAGUUCACCAUGCCUGAUGUCUCUAAUGAAUUUGCAAUUGAUAUUGAGGUUUACUGCCUGGUGCAGAAGCGUGAGUUGAACCCUGACAAGAGGAAGAAGCCCAGCAAGUCAAAGGCCAUCACUCCCAAGAGGUUCCUCGCCAUCACUAAGAGCAGUCUGACUCCAGUGGUGGCCAGUCCUGGGGGCCCUAAUGCAGUACGAACCAGUAACUUUGUCCUGGUCGGGUCUCACAAGCUAACGCUAGCCUCUAUUGGGAAAAACAAGUUCUCAUUGGAGAAGGUGCCUUUCCUGUGCCCCUUGGAGGGACACCUCUACCUGAAGAUGCAGUGUGAGGUGGGCUCCUUGGUGGAGGAGAGAGGCUUCUUGACAAUGUUUGAGGAUGUGAGUGGGUUCGGAGCAUGGCACAGGAGAUGGUGUGUCCUGUCAGGAUACUCUAUCUCCUACUGGACCUACCCUGAUGAUGAGAAACGCAAGAAGCCAAUUGGACGCAUCAACUUGGCCAACUGCACCAGUUGUAAGGUGGAGCCAGCCAACAGGGAGUUCUGUGCCCGGCCCAACACAUUUGAGCUGAUCACCGUCCGGCCUCAGAGAGAGAGUGACAUAGAGACGCUCGUCAGCCAGUGUAAAAACACAAUGUGUGUCACCAAGAACUGGCUGUGUGCCGACACCAAGGACGAGAGGAAUGUGUGGAUGCAGAAGCUCAACCAGAUUCUAGUGGACUUGCGCAUGUGGCAGCCAGACUCCUGCUACAGGCCUGUUUGAGCACAGAGCCCCCGCCUGGACCCGAGGUUAACACCCUGAAUGGCUCUGGGUCUUAUAUGGACUGUCACUAUCAGUGACACGAUGACUAAGUGCAAUACAGUAUGAAAGUUAUUGAAUAAGAUUUUUAAAUAGAUUUAUUUUUUAGAGGUGCUUCAAGACAGUUUAAGUUUGGGAUGGGCAACUGGUGGAUCAAUCCCCCCUCAACUCAGUCAGGGUCUCAAUUUACUGUUGAGAGUUAUAGUAGACUAUACAAGGUGUCAUUUGUGAAUCAGCAGUUUUUAUCUUGUCAGUCACUCGAUUAGCCCGCGUCAGCUAACAUUUAUUUAGAUUGGUAAGUUAGUCUAGCCAGCUAUCUAAACUUGUGGUAGUCAUAGUCGAAUUACAGUCUGGGGGGGACCCCCAUUGAAUUUGUUAGUCACUUUCACUCAGAUGGCACAUUACCUGCAAACAUUUCUUUCCGACCAUGGCAAAAUGUGUAGAAUUGCAGGAAAUUAACUAAAACAUUUUCUCUCCUCUGUCAAAAAGGCCGCUAAAAUGUUUUGCUCGCAAGGUCGCUGCAUGUGUGGUUAUGGAUGUGGGUACUCAGACCUGUGAGCACUGCGGCCCCUCUUGAUGAGUUUAGAUUUUGUGGCCCCCACCCACAUCGAAGUUGCCCAUCCCUGGUUUAAGUUAUGAGUGCGAGAGAGAUCAAUAAAGCUGUACUUUAGUAGAUAUUACAGUAUUGACAAGGGCUGCUGGUGCUUUUACAUAAUCCAUGCUGACCCUGUAUUUUCUAUGCAUUUCCAACGUGUUGAGGCCAUACUACCAACUUUGAGAGAAUUUUGAGACGGUUGAAUUUUGGUUUUCUGUGCUGUUACUCACAUGAUCAAACUCCUGACGAGAUGUGGCUUUUUCAGUUGAAUCUGUUGUCUGAUUUGAUGAACAUUAUUAAAUAUUUAACUUUGUCACACCCAAUUCUAGAAUAAUCUGCGUCAGUGCCAAGGUGAUGCACCAGAAUUUUCUCUAUAUACAUACAUGUGAAUGCUCCUCUUUCUCAUAGUAUUGGGAGAAUGGCAUGAUUUGGAAGCACUGUUGAACAACCAUAAGAGGAUUUUAGAUUUAGCCGCACACUUAUCCACUCCAAUACCCUUCUUGUUUUGCUGUUCCCCUUUUCUGCUUUGAAAUCUUAACUAUAGCUAAUCUUGUAUUUAUCAUGUUGCACACUCUGGAGGUCAAUGAGACUACGGAACGAGAACCCUUAAUAUUGUUUUAUGUUGAUGUUUUAUUUUUGUGUACAUGUUUUAAAUGGUUACAGUUAAACUGGGUGUGGGUCAGCAGAUAAUGAGUAUUUUACCACCAUUGUAUUGUAAUGGUGAACUUUGACAGUUGAUGUUAUUGCAAUAACCUAUGGGCACAUUUCUAUUCUGAUUUUAGUUUAGCUAUGCACUGUCAUGAACUGCAAAGCUUAUUCUCAGUCCAAGUUUUAAGCAUGUGCUUAGAGGACUGAGUGCAUCACCUUUUUGUGCUUUUACAUGGAUGUUUUGGGUGGAAAUAGUAUGUCUUAUCUACCCAUUAAUUAAUGGACAAGGUUAAUUUUCCACAUGUUGGCAGUUCUAUUAUAUCCUCUGAUCUGUCCUGUCUUUCAUUGGCACAACAAGCACUCCAAAUAUUCCUGAUGUACUGGUAAUUCUGAAACGAUGAGACUUAAAUAAAUGCCAGCUUUAACCAAAA